UCUCUAUGGCUGGCUGAGGUAUUUAAAACAAACCUGACACAACACUUGUCAAUAUACGAAAUUUACAUUUGCCUACCGACACUCAAGCAGUUUUCCGUCAGACAAGAUAUGGAUAUUGAUUGGACUGCGAUAAAUGCUAAGCUACCUACUGCAAGGGCAGACAAGGCUGCAAGGAAGAAAAUGUUCAAUCAGUUUGACCCCAACGGUAACGGAAUCCUCUCACUGGCCGAAGUCGAAAAAGGCAUCAGAGAUGUGUUGCAUAUUGAUGAAAUAUUCAACGCAAAACUAGCUAUCAUGAUGGCCUUCCAGUUGGCAAAAGACAGCCAAAAGUCAAAAAGAGGAGACUUGGGCGAUGACUACAUUGAGUUGAACGAGUUCCGAUGCUUUCUGCUUGCGCUUCGACAGUACUUUGAGUACUGGGUGGCCUUCUGUCGCGCUGACGCAAACAAUGAUAAGCGAAUAAGUUUGAUAGAGUUCGUGGAGGCGAAAAGCAAGAUUGAAACAUGGGUGGGACCCAUAAACGAUAUGGAGGCUGAAUUCAAAGAGAUUGACACCAAUGGUGGUGGGUUCAUUAUGUUUGAUGAAUUCUGUAAAUGGGCCAUUGGCAAGAAUCUGGACUUAGAAGAUGAUGAUGACAACAUUGCUGAAUAACGUUCAUGAAUGUUAUAAAAACACGUUAAAACUUACAAUUUUGAUCAUAUUUCAUAAUUAGUCAUAUUUAUUGAGAAACCUUUUCAUAUAGAACAUAUGAUUUUCAAAACAUAUGUAGUUAACGGAGUUAAAAUAAUGUAGUUAGAUGGGGUUGAAAAUGUUAUAAAACUGCAAUAAAUUAUCGAUGGCUUUACCUAAGCACACCAGUCAAUAAUCAAGCAUAUAUAAAUAACAUUUUCCCAGAAAGGAAGGUUGGUGACCAAUUUGAUAUUAUGUCUAGGUUGUUUCUACUGAGGCAACGUUGUAACUGUUCAUUGUGAUCAUUGUAUUAAAUGUAAUUCUGUUUUCUCACAAUUACAAGCAUCAACUUUGACCAUCGUAAAGUGAAAA